CGCGCCGAGGCCACAGUCCACAGCGCGCAGUCCGCGGCCCGGUGGAUGGUGGCGGGUGCUGAGCCUAAUGGAGGGUGGCGGGUCCCCACUGGAGCUCGUGGCCGUCGGCAACCCCCUCUCCCUGGUGCUGGCCGCUUCCGCCUUCGCACUGAGCCUCGGCUUCUUGUUCCAGCUGGGCUACCGGCGACACGGCGGCUCCGGACAAGGGAAAUAUCCCCCUUAUAUUUCAUCAAGCAUCCCAUUCCUUGGUCAUGCUAUUGCGUUUGGAAAAAGUCCCAUUGAGUUUUUGGAAAAUGCUUAUGACAAGUAUGGGCCUGUGUUCAGUUUCACUAUGAUUGGCAAGACAUUCACAUACUUACUGGGUAGUGAUGCUGCUGCUCUACUCUUCAAUAGUAAAAAUGAAGAUUUGAAUGCAGAGGAUGUGUACUCUAGAUUAACUACACCAGUUUUUGGCAAGGGAGUUGCUUACGAUGUCCCUAAUGUGGUAUUUUUAGAACAGAAGAAGAUGCUCAAAACUGGGCUAAAUAUUGCCCAGUUCAAACAGCAUGUAUCUGUGAUUGAAGAAGAAACAAAAGAGUACUUCAAAGCAUGGGGAGAGAGUGGGGAAAAAAACCUGUUUGAAGCCCUUUCAGAACUCAUCAUUUUGACAGCAAGUCAUUGCCUACAUGGGAAGGAAAUAAGGAGCUUGCUGGAUGAGAAGGUGGCUCAGCUUUAUGCAGACUUGGAUGGAGGUUUUACCCAUGCUGCCUGGCUUUUGCCGGGUUGGCUACCUCUGCCUAGCUUCAGACGUCGAGAUCGAGCACACAGAGAAAUAAAGAAUAUUUUCUACAAGGUGAUCCAGAAACGUCGAAAAUCUGAGGAAAAGGAGGAUGACAUGCUCCAAACUCUACUUGAUGCUUCAUACAAGGACGGCCGGCGGCUGACAGAUGAUGAGAUCGCGGGGAUGCUCAUUGGGCUGCUGCUGGCGGGGCAACACACCUCCUCUACCACCAGCGCCUGGCUCGGCUUCUUCAUGGCCAGAGACAAAGCCCUGCAGGACCAGUGCUAUGCAGAGCAAAAGGCAGUUUGUGGGGACGACUUGCCACCGUUAACUUACGAUCAGAUCAAGGAUCUCAAUUUGCUGGAUCGCUGCCUAAAAGAAACUUUAAGGCUUAGACCUCCUAUAAUGACCAUGAUGAGAAUGGCCAGAACUCCCCAGACUGUCGCUGGAUACAAUAUUCCCCCUGGCCAUCAGGUCUGUGUCUCUCCCACUGUUAAUCACAGACUGAGGAACUCCUGGAAGGAUGCUCUGGACUUCCAGCCUGACCGGUAUCUCCAGGAUAACCUGGCAGCGGGAGAGAAGUUUGCGUACAUUCCCUUUGGUGCUGGCCGUCAUCGCUGCAUUGGAGAGAACUUUGCUUAUGUUCAGAUUAAGACGAUUUGGUCUACUUUGCUUCGUUUGUAUGAAUUUGAUCUCAUCAAUGACUAUUUUCCAACUAUAAAUUAUACAACAAUGAUACACACACCUAAUAACCCUGUUAUCAGAUACAAGAGGAGGUCACUGUAGAUUCUGGAACUAAAACCUCAUGUAAGAUGUGUGAACUAAGACUUGAAUAACGUUAUGAGAAAAUGAAUGGAAACUGUUGCACCUAGUGUUAGGAAAGCACCAAUCAUCUACCACAUGGGAAAUUUUUUCAUCUAUUUUGUUUGUUUGCCGCCACCAUUUAAUGCUGCUGUGUGCAACUGCAAUUCUCAUUGCAUUUUUAAAGAAAACCUAUCUUUUCUACUGGUGUAACACUUAAGGUGCAUGCCAACUCUUCAAGGUGAAGAAAUAAAUUAUUUCUAGAACUUGUUGCUUUUGAAAACUAUUUGAAGAUUACUUUUCCCUGGAUAGCAAGGGGACUGUGUGCUUUACCUCUGUAUGAAAUUACAGUACUGACAGGGAACAGGCAUGGAGGGGGGCAAUGUACAUGGUGAUGCCCAACCCUUGGUGUUUGUGGUUCUCUUCCAUGUGAGCUAGGUCUGAGCUGGACUGAUUCUUGGAAGUGUCCACAUAACUAAAAAUGUUACUGUACAGCUGAGUCCAGCUACACACUCUUCAGAGAAGUCUUUUUCUGAGAAGAAACUAUUUAAAUGUCUAAGUUGAAGCAGCAGUAAAAGGCCUAGGUUCACAAGGCAACACAUAAUUUUCUAAAGUGUUCUGAAACUUUUCUCUGAAAGCUUGUUGUAACUGUGCAAGUAAUAAUAUAAUACAAUGUUAAUUCUGUAAAUAACAUGUUUGUGUAUAAAAUGGUCACCAGUGCAGUAAAUAACUGAAUAUUAUGUCCUCUUGUACUGACUCACGUAGGAUUGUUAAAUGAUGUUUGGUUCCCGAGUGAUGUAAUGAGCUCUGGCUCAAUGGAACUUUGGAUUAAAUUUAUAAACAACCCUCUUGUAGAAGUUUUCUGUGCUAAACUCUGGCACUUCUGAAAAGCUUAUCUAAGGAAAUUUGUAAUAAACUUUCUUUCUUGCACGUA